AUGUCAAUCUUUCAUAACUCCACCUCCUCUACUUUCCUCCUGAUGGGGGUCCCUGGACUUGAAUGGGCCCAUGCCUGGGUCUCCAUCCCCAUCUGCUGCCUCUAUUUAACUGCCCUCUCUGGGAAUACCUUGAUAUUGUUUGUAGUCCUCAGUGACCCAAGCCUCCAUGAGCCCAUGUACUAUUUCCUCUGCAUAUUGUCCACCUCUGACUUGGGUUUAUGUAAGUCUACCCUGGUGACAGUGCUGGGAAUAUUCUGGCUCAAUGCCCAGGAAAUCAGCUUAGAUGCUUGCUUAUCUCAGAUGUUCUUCAAUCACUUGUUUACUGUCAUAGAAUCUUCUGUACUAUUGGCCAUGGCCUUUGACUGGUUUGUGGCCAUUUCUAAUCCUCUUAGAUAUUCAUUCAUCUUGACUGACCUUAAAAUAGCACAAAUUGGUGCAGCAAUCAUCACCAGAGGGACGCUAAUAAUAAUCCUUAUGGUGGUCCUUCUUAAACGGCUGUCCUUCUACCGCAGCCACGUGCCCCACCACUCCUACUGCUUUCACCCUGAUGUAAUGAAGCUCUCCUGCACAGAUACCAGGGUCAAUAGUGCAUUUGGAUUAACUGUAGUCAUCUCUACUUUUGGAAUUGACUCCGUCUUUAUCCUGCUGUCUUACAUCUUAAUCAUUCAUUCAGUUCUCGACAUUGCAUCCCCAGAAGAGAGAAAAAAGGCCUUCAGCACAUGUAUCUCUCAUCUCUGUGCUGUGGCCAUAUUCUACGUCCCUUUGAUCAGCCU